UUUCCUCUCACCCUCCCUGUUCAGCACCUUUUACCAGUGCAAGCCAUGAUGGUGAGGAGGGUUGCCAGGCCCAUGGUGCUGCUGGCCACAUCCCUCUGUGCAGGCAGCUGUCUAAGCAGUAGCAGCAAGGGAAUGUAACUGUGUCUGUUGCCUCACCAGUGUGCCUCAACUCUGACCCUUGGAGUCUCCUUAAUUUUCAGAUUUUCUCUCAGAAUGUUGUCAGCUGGCAUCUCUAGUCCAGUCCAUAAUUCAAGUCUGUAGGAUCUUCCUGCAUUAAUGCUUGUGGUGGAUCAACCUGGUCUUACAAGUCCUUUUGUUCCUUUUUCUGAACCUCAGAUGUUAUGUUAGAGAUGUCCUUUCUCAAUUUCAUUGUGUUAGGAGCCAGGAAUUGCAGUAAUAUGAAGACAACUAAGAAUUAUUUCAAAUUUGGACCAUCUGUGCUUGGCUGUGCCAGGGUAGGUUGGUACCAUGAUUCCUGCCCCACGAUCAGGACCGUUGUGCUGUGUAGAAGAGCCCAAAUCCUCUGAGCUGUCUCAUUGUGUGGUUGUUCUGUGUCCCUCCAGCUGGCUGACUUUAUGUGAAAAUAGUGCUAUUGGCAACACUUUCUACAGCUGGCAGGUGGAAAACAUUACUUCUUCUUCUGCAACUUUCUCUCUUCUAAAUUCAGAGCAAGAGGUAAAGUCUUUAGAAUGCCCCAUGCUAGAGUGGGAUGAUCCCUUCAGCCAUACCACCAUCACUUUAAUUGUGCCUCUUUCACACUAAUGAAUAAUUAACUGUUCUGCGCAUAUGCACAGGCGUGCUGGUCAUGGGAGUCUCUGCAGGGUCGUGGUGACCUGCAGAUGACCACGGGCAGCUGCUGACCUCAGCACACAAUCUCUUGGACUUGCUGCCUGUUUAUCUUCUUGGCCACCAGCUGACUAAAGCUAAUGUCUCUACGAUCUGCACUGGCAACAAGAGAAGGGUGAGUGCUCCCCAGCCUUCUCAAAGCCUGUGUGCAAACACUGAGGUGAGCUAGGUGUGAACGUGCAGCAAGUCAGCUGCCACACUGCCAUUCUCAGCAGGUGAGCACAAGGUAGCUCACAGGAGAGUGGCAGGCUAUUUUUAUUCACAAGGGUAACAGCUUUCCUACAGGAAGUUACCAUGAGGAGGCAAACCCUUGUUAGCUGGUUUGCAUUCCUGUCAUUGGUAUUGUUCCUGAAGGCACAAGCAUCAGCCUCCAAAAGCGUGUCUGUGUGUGUCAGAGCUUGGGGCAAGUGUUCAAUCAGAUCAGUUGUCCUGCCUGUUGCAAGUUGAGCUAUGCUUUGCUGGCCAUGUGCUAGAAAAAAGACUUUCACCCUCCUUUUGCUGUGGAGCUGGAACAUCUUUGGUCAUAUCUGUAAUUUUCAGAGGAGUAAGGUUUUUGGAUAAGAGAUGGUCCUUAUCCUGUGUUUUGGGUCUCAAGAUACCCCUCUGUGGCUGAUGAGCCUGCUGGAUCCAGUUCAGAGGAGGCCACAAACAUGAUCAGAGGGCUGACACAGCUCUCCUAAGAAGACAGGCUGAGAGGGUUGGAGUUCUUCAGCCUGGAGAAGACUGUGGAGAGACCUUAUAGCACCUUCUAGUACCUAAAGGGUGUCAACAAGAAAACCUGAGAGGGACUUUUUGUCAGGGCCUCUUGUGAUAGGACAAGGGUUAGAGGUUUUAAACUAAAAGAGGUUUGUUCUACAUUGAAUAUAGGGAAGAAGUCUUUUAGAAUGAGUGGUGAAACACUGGAAGAGGUUGCCUAGAGAGGUGGUGGGUGCCACACCCCUGGAAGAAUUCAGGGAUAGGUUGGAUGAGUCUCUGAGCAAUAUAAUCUAGUUCAAGGUGUCCCUGGUCAUUGCAAGGACAUUGGACUGGGUGACCCCCAAAGGUCCCUUCCAGCCCAAACUAGGAUUCUAUGAGACUUUGGAGCUUCUAAGGCCUCUCUACUUUUUACUAUAAAAUUGCUCUCAGUUGCUGGAUGAUUUUUCCUUAUGGAUUUUCAGGGGAAAGCUGGGAGUUUGCAACAGUUUUCUUGCUAUUGCGUUUUCCUCUCAUUUCUUGCCCCCCUGCAUAUUGCUGCCAUUACCCAUCAAAGCAUCAGGCUGAGUCAGAUGUAGAAAAUGAGAUGAAAAACGCAGGGUGAUGGAUGGGUGGCAGCCAAAAUGACUCUUUCUAUCCACCCGUCCCCUAGAGCUGCGAUAGCAGCUCAGAGGCUGUGCCUCAUGACUUCAUCCCUCCCUGCUGAGGGGAGACGGGAACAUCAUUAUCAGCUGCCGAUGAGUCCUGAUUUGGAGCCAGCAGUGAAAAUGUCCUCGGAUGUAGGGCUCCUCCUCCGCCCCAAGGGUGACUCGAACCUGCUGGGAAGAUGGAGGAAGAGCUGGAGGGGGGAGAUGAGAAGAAAGAGGUGCAAAUUCAACCACGUCUCUAUGAUGAUGUCAUGGCAACAAGGUACAUCGAAGUGCUUGUCAGGUGAUCAGGACAGGCUUUGAAAGUCUCCAGCUCUUCUCUGUUGCUGCAGGCUCAUGUCUGACUCGCUGAAAAAUCUUUUGGUUAAUAUUUAAUGCUAAUAUUGAAGUACUAAGGGUAGAAAAUGCCUCACCUAAGCCCCCUGCCUUUCCUUUCCAAUGGGAUGCUAAAUCAGGGUGAGGAGGUAGGAUUGCAAAUUUUUCAUUAACUGGAAGCCAGUAGGGUGGCUUCAGCCCACAGGGUCCCUGUGCCUGACUCCAAGAUAUGAGAAAGAGGUUUCUAUCCCCUCCAGCCCCAUUUGGGACACUGGAAGGAGGAGGUCUCCUCUCUUCUGGGCUGGCUGUGGAAUAAUGAAACCCGGGAGCCGAGCCCAGCUCCUUUGAUGCGAUCAGUUAGUACACGUCCAGUUAAACACGGAAUUGGUGUUUUGAUUUUUGGUUGGUUGUUUUUCUGAGCCAUGACCUAAUGAUCCCAUGUUCCAGCUCCAGCCCCUCCUAGGGGCCUUCUGUCUGAACCAUGUGUCCGGACUGAAUUCAGCAAACUUCCCGGAGCAAGACGCUGUGUUCUCCCGCCCAGGGAAGCCAUCUGCUGCCCUCCAGCAGCUCCUUCUGCGGGGCUUCGAGCUCGCCAGCCGGGCUGGAAAGCUCUCCUCCUCCUCCUCCUCGCUUGCCCCGGCUCUCCUCGGCCAUCUUGCUAGCAGAAGGCUGGGGAACGCGGGGCUGGCUGAAUCUGGGGCGGUGAUGGUGUCAGCCGGAGGCGGUUUCCAGGCAACUGUCGCGCCGUGGGACACGCGAGCCAAGAACACCGGGGACACGGCGUUCCCAGCGCGCCGCCUGCCAGGGGACCGAGACACACAGCCAGCCACACGGCACAGGAGCGUGCGGAGAGGGCAGCGCAGGGAUGGCAGCAGAGGAGGGGGGCUCCAGAAUAUCCCCUCCUGCCCACUGCCCAUCACACCUUCCCUGGAUGGGAGCAUUUCCGAGCCGCUGCUGGUGCAUCACGCGACAAGGAAGGACUACAUGAUGUAUGGGAUUUCACAUGCCUUCUGCAUCCUUUGGAAGAUCAAAAAGAAAAGAAAUGUUGUGCCAGACUGUACCCCAGCCCACAGACCUAUUGCAAGUGAUCCCGUGCUUCUCUGUCCCUUAUCAAAUACAAAGCUCCACCCCUACAAGUCAUGAACUGUUUUUGUGCACACAUCCCAGCUCUGUGUCUUUGGGUGUCACUGAAAAAGUGAAUUUCUUGUAAAAAUAAAAAAUCUUCCACAAGCUGACAAUCUUCCCCAGCACUUGGUGGGUCCCACUGCCCCUCUGUGCUGAUGCCCAAGGCAGUAUCCCCACUCCUGCCUGCCUCCCCUACCUGAUUUAGAGGUCCUGGGAAUAUCUCUGACCCUGAAACUCACCUGCCUGGUAGCCCUUCUUUACACUGCAUACCCAGCAUUUCUCCUCACAGCAAUGUCAAUACUCACAUCCCCUUUGUUUUAUCCAGUUUGAGUGGUUUUUGAGAACAACUGAUUUUCAAUGGAUGAGGGAGGGUGAUAAAAUUGAUAGAGCUGAGCAAUGGGAAAAAAAUUCUUCUGGAUUCUGAGAGAGCAGCUAUGAUGAACAUGGGGAAUGGGGCUACAUCAUGCUUGGCAGGGUGUGUGCUGCCAAGGGGCAGAACCGUUUGACUGCCCUGUAUUCAAGGAAAUAUUCUGUGGCCCUGUGCAGGUGUGAGCACUGAGAGACAGGACAGUGGGGAGUCAUCUGCAGCCAUUGCUGUCCCUGAGCCAGUGUUACAGCUAUUGAUUUGAAACCUGCCCCGUUCACUCUAACCUUGGCAGUGCCAGCUUGACCCUUAUCAGCGCUGAUAAACCCUGCCACAACCUCCUGUCCCAUCCUGGUGGUGUCACACCGUGAGAUGCUGUGGUGACAGAUCUUUCCUGCCACUCUGCACUUGCACUGGUUGCUCUUUUGCUGAGAUGCUCUAAAUCCAGGAAACCUCUCUCCUACUUUUGAACAGAGGCUGCAGCCACACCAACGUUUUUAACCCUGUGUGGCUGCCCAUCCCUUGCUGAGUGUUUUGUGUGAGGAAGGAUGCGGUGCCGGCUGCAAACGCUUCUCCAGAGGAAAUUUAAAAUCAGCCUUCUCCUUCUUCUGCUCCUGGCCCUUCUCAUGCACCUGGUGAUGGAUUUUGCUCUCCCCACAGCCCACAGGCCCUGUGGCUGUGAUAUGAAAGCAUCAAUUUCUGGGGGUGUCCCUUCAGGCAGCCCCAUGCCAGCUGGCCUCAAAAAGCUGAGCCUGCGAAUCCUUCAGGAUUUCAGUGGAAGCAACGGCUCCUUGGAGAAAAGUUCCCAGCCACAGAAAGUGGGGCUGCACUCGGGGGCUGAAGAGCCAGGGGUCCAACAGCAACAUGAAGAAGGGAAUGCAGGGUGGACCAAGGGAUCCAAGCUGGCAGCACUCUUCGAGCAUCCUCUUUACAACAUCCCAGUCCCAGAGGUGACAGAGAAAGACAAGCUGUUUAUCAUCAACCCCAUGGAGAAGUUCAGCCUGCACAGCAGAGGGAGUGAUGAAUGGGUCAGCAGCAGUAAAGCCGAGACGCUCCUCCCGACAGGGAAGACAGCCUAUGACACCUACCCCACCUGGCUCAAAUUCCACAUCGGUAUCAACCGCUAUGAGCUGUACCCCCGCCGGGACCCCUUGUUGCCCAUGCUCCUCCAGGAUCUGGCCACGCAAAGGAUCGUCAGUUCAGUCCAGAAGUCUGGUGGGACCCAGCUCAAGCUCAUCAUGACGUUCCCAAACUAUGGGCAGGCCCUCUUCAAGCCCAUGAAGCAGACCCGGGACCAGGAGACCCCCAUUGAUUUCUUCUACUUCUCAGACUUUGAGCGGCACAAUGCAGAGAUUGCAGCCUUCCACCUGGACAGGAUCCUGGAUUUCCGGCGAAUCCCCCCAGUUUCUGGCCGUUUGGUCAACAUAACAAAGGAAAUUCGGGAUAUCACCACAGACAAGAAACUGGCCAAGACUUUCUUCAUCUCCCCAGCGGGAAAUGUCUGCUUCUAUGGGGAGUGCUCCUACUACUGCUCCACCGAGCACGCCCUCUGCGGCAAACCGGACCAGCUGGAGGGCUCCAUGGCUGCCCUGCUCCCUGACAAGACCCUGGCCAAGCGCCGCUCCUGGCGCAGCCCCUGGCGCCGCUCCUACCACAAGAGCAAGAAGGCUGAGUGGGAGCUGAAUCCCAACUACUGCUCUCAGGUGCGAGAGACACCGCCCUAUGACAGGGGCCAUCGCCUCCUCGACCUCAUCGACAUGACGAUCCUGGAUUUCCUCAUGGGCAACAUGGACCGGCACCACUACGAGACCUUUGAGAAAUUUGGGAAUGACACUUUCCUGCUCCACCUGGACAAUGGUCGCGGCUUCGGCACACACUCACGCGAUGAACCAUCCAUCCUGGCCCCUCUCCAGCAAUGCUGCAGCAUCAAGAAGUCGACUUACCUGCGGCUGCAGCUGCUGGCCACCCAGCCCUACCGCCUGAGUGACGUGCUGCGGGAGGCGCUGGCCGCAGAUCCACUGGCCCCUGUCCUGGCUGAGCCCCACCUGCGGGCACUGGACCGGCGCCUGGGGAAGGUGCUGGUGGCGGUGGGACACUGCCUGGCCAGGGCAGCCCGCCAGGAAGAGGUGCUGGUGGAUGAUGUGGGGUCAUGGGUGUGAUGGGGGGCGGGUACCCUGCUGGAUUGGGCUGUUUUGGUGUGCUGCCCAGGAUGAUGUGGGGAUCGAUGCGCAGCUCUGAUUCUGUGUAGCGUCAGCUUUUGGUGGUGCCAGAGCUGGUGGCGUGAUGAACCAGGAAAGCAGGUUGUAAGGAUAGCUGGGACAGGGGGGGAAUUUAAAUAAAAAGGUUGGCCUAGUGGAGAAGACACGAGCUGUGAUCUUCCCCACCAAGGCUGCUUUCCCAGCCCUGGCCUCUCCUUGCGUGCCUGGACGUGUCACUUCAGCCCUCCAAAGCCUUUUAGGAAAGGGUAGGGAUUUUUCCUGCCUUUCCCCAGCAG